CCAAUCCCUUUCUAUUAGUACAAAACACAAUCAGCAGCAACAUACGCACAGUAACACCCGACCCGACCAUAGCAAUACCAACCCGAACCGACCCGCUACUCUUCUUCUUCUCCGCGAAAGAACGACGAUCCUACAGGCCCCACACUCCCGUACUCGUCUUCCCCAACCCAAAACCCUAGUAAUCCUAAGCGAUCACAUCCAACAACCCUCACGCCCCUUUUUCCCCUUUUUUCAAGUUCGAGCCGGGUUCGCUGCCCUCGGAAAGACUUGUGAGUCACCUGAAGUUCACCAGUUGCAGAUGUGGCGUCAAGGUCAGAAUCUUCUGCGGCGAGCGUCGGUAUUAAACCAUAGCUGCGGAAUCAGACAAAUCAUUACUGGUUCAGCGUCAUCUUCGAGCCCAAGUGUGUCUAUAUGGAGGCGCAAGAAAGAAAUGGGGAAAGAAGGUUUAAUGGUCGCCAAGGAGCUUAAGCGCUUGCAGUCCAACGCCGUUAGGUUUGAGCGGUUUAUGAAGUCCCAUGUUUCUCGUCUACUCAAAUCUGACCUCGUCGCCGUUCUUGCUGAGUUCCAAAGACAAGAUCUCCCUUGCCUCUCCAUGAGGUUGUAUGAGGCUGUGCGCAAAGAAAUAUGGUAUCGGCCAGACAUGUUUUUUUACAGGGAUAUGCUUUUCAUGCUUGCAAGAAACAAAAAGGUAGAUGAAACAAAGAAGGUAUGGGAAGAUUUGAAGAAAGAAGGGGUGCUUUUUGAUCAACAUACAUUUGGCGAUCUUGUCAGGGCUUUUCUAGAUGGCGGAUUACCUUCAGAGGCAAUGCACAUAUAUGAUGAAAUGAGGCGCUCUCCUGAUCCUCCUAUGUCUUUACCUUAUCGUGUUAUGUUGAAGGGGCUACUUCCUUACCCCGAAUUGAGAGAAAAAGUGAAGGAUGACUUUCUGGAACUGUUCCCAGAUACUGUAGUUUAUGAUCCACCUGAAGAUCUAUUUGAUGAGGAGUGCAGAAAGGAGAGCGAUGAUGAUUAGAAUAUGCUGUCAACUCUGAUUUUCUCAAUGGCAUUUGAAUUUUCCUCUGGUCAAGAAGAUAGUGGAAUGGUAAAUAGGGAAUGCACUGACAGCAGAUCAUGAAAUUGUUUAAGCUGCUGAACUGAUGGGUGUUUCUGCCUUUGAGAAUUUGAAAUGUGACCCACGAAGACCGUGGAAUAUUGGAAGUUGAUGCUGGUAUGAUCUUACCUAUGAUAUCUAAACUGAAGGUUGGUUGAAUGCGUCUGAUGAAGCGGAUAUAUCAUUUUCUGCAAUUUGUGUUGGAAGAGAACCUGCCGACGUUCUUGGUUUCUCCUUAUUAAGGUUUACUUUGAUCAAAAGUUUAUGAAUUCCUGUCAUUGUCAGUGAUUAUCACCAUCUCAUUCAGUUAUUCUUAUGAGAUGGUGAAUGUUUUGUUAGGAUAAAUGCUCCACCAAAUAAAUUAAUUAAUAUAUGGGUUAGUCAUCCAAAUUAUUGGUUUCGGUAUCCUGGUUCUUCAGGGCACUCUGGUUUCUGCAGUUCUAUUCUUGAACUCUAGCAAUAUUUCUUAUAGUCAUACCAUGCAAUUGACUUUUGAUCUCGACGUGUUUGAAGUAUCAGGCCAUGUAAUCAUUGGAUAGCAUAUUUUCAAGGCAUGUCUGUCUACAUUUCCUGCUGUCAUCUCUUGCAGGGCAUUUUGCUAUAUACUCUGUCGAAGUAUUCUUACCAAAAAAUUGUCGCUUCAGUCCCAUCAAUCUUGAAAUUACACUUGGCCAAAUUGAGCAAGAAAGUAUAGUCUUCAGUUAGAGGAAGCUACUCUAUUCUAUAAUCACAAACUGCUAGUUUCUCUGAGAUUUUUCUUUUGGGGUUUUCAAUAUGUCAAUAUUACAUAUUUUGUUGCUAUGAAGUUUUUGCUUCCAAGAUCGUACCUUGGCCAUCAAGCACCAUAACGUCAAAUGGAGAACAUUAUUCAUUUUGAGGCACCUAUUUGUUCGUCUUGGAAGUUGAAUGGAUUUCAUUUAGAAUUUGGCUGUACCAGUCUCAUGGUGCUCGCUUAUUAUGAUCAUUUGUCCUUUCAGAACAACCCAGAGAUAUGAUGUUUUCUGAUUGACCAUUGACAAACCAGCAUUCUUUCAUGUUCAGGAUGGAGUCUAUUUCUGCCUGAUGGUCUAGAACUUUGAGAUAUGUACCCCAUUACCUUUACACAGUUGUAUCUUAUUUGCUGGAUAUGUUCUUUAGUGAGAUUUGUCUCCUCUUUUAAGUGUUAAAAAUCGAAUGCCCAAUAAUAUGUCAAAUUAUAGACUAUUGCACAGUUUUCAAGUCUUAAUGUCAGUAGUAUCAACCAUUCUAAUGUUGGAACAUAAUCUAGGCUAUUCCUGCUUGUACUUGAAAUCCUAUUUUGAUAGAGACAAUCAACUCUUACAUUAAAUAGGAAAGAGAAGGACUGAGCAUAAAAGACUAUAGCAAUCAUUUCUGUUGAAUCCAGCACUCUUAGGUUUGAAGCAGGAGCGGAUCUAGCCCUAAGGUAUGCGCUCAGGGGACCAAUAUCUUUUGUUCAUACCAUGUAUUUCUAUUGUGAACCCAGUUAUUAUUUUAUGUUAACUUGAAAUCAUUGUAGGAAUCCAUAAACUUCAAAACCUGGAUCCAUCACUGGUUUGAAGUGAUAUAAAUAUUUGCUAUGAUGCUACGAUCUAAAUGUUCCUGCUGUACUACUCAUAAUGAAGAGAUUAUCAUGCACCUUUUUUUCGUACAAGACAGAUUGCAAAACAUAUUUGGUCCUUUGGUCAAAGUUGUGGUAUAGUAAUUAGAAAUGGUGGUAACAUGAAACAAUUACUCAUGUUUAGUGACUAUCUAAAGCUAAUAAUGGUAUCCAUGCAGUGCUAUUUCAAUGCCUCCCAACUGUUAUAUGCUGGGAGAUAAGGAAAAAUAGAUGUGGUUGCUAGGUAUGAUAAUGUUCACAUGUCUGGCAGAGUUAUAUUAUUCAGCAGGUCUGUGAAAACAUGACCAAAAUUUUUAUAGCCAAUUUCCCAGAGUCCAAUUGCCUCUAUCCUGAAAUUUGAUGUGUAAUGCAGUGGAAAAGGCAAAACAAAUAAUCAGUUGUGGACCGGUUAGAUGGAAUAAGCAUGAGUUUGAAUGGCUAAAACUAAACAUUGAUAUCAGGCUGUUGUAAAGGGAAUUGGGAAGCUCUGGAGGAGGUUGUUGUAUCAUUAGGGCCAACCUUGGCUGCUCUGUCCUGGCCUGUGCUGAAUAAUAUGGCCGAGGGCAGAGUUCUUUUACAGAGUGUGAAACUGUGUAUUUGCAGAAGUUCAUUUUAUGUGAUGGUGGAAUCUGAUUCCCAGUUGAUUAUUAACAUGAUUAACAACAAAAAGAAAGCACCUUGACAGAUCCAACAUGCCAUUGAUCAGAUUGUUCACCUCUCAAGUAGUGUUAUUUUGUAUUUGUCCUCACAUACUGAGUGGGAGAGGAGAUAUAAACUAGCCAAUAUGGGGAAAGGUUAAGAGAUCAAGUUACAUUUGAUGAAGCUAUUUCUCUACCAGAAAUAGUGAAAUCAACAUUGUAACUUGAUCAAGAUUGUAUCCCAAACUAUAGAAUAAAACCAAGAAAUAAUCAUUUUUGUAUAAUGAUGGUAACACUAGAUAAUACUGACUCCUGUACAGUUUUGGUAACUGUGUGCAUAGCAUCCUUUUGUGAAGCUUAUACUAGUCAAAAUGUCAUGGAGGUAAUCUGUCAAAUCAGGCAAAUAUUUUUUAAGAUAUUGGUCAAACCAUUAGAAGUUCCUCCAUGGGUCCAAAAUUA